AGGACUCCUUGAAGAGCUUAAUCCAAAGUCAAAAGCUGCUCAAUUAAAACUGCUGCGGUGAUCAAGAAAGAGAGACAGAGAGCAAUGGCGAAGCACGAAGAGCUUCCGAUUCCGAUUUACUCUUCAUUGGAACCGGUGUACGGCGAAGGAUCUCAGCUGGAAGAAGCUCAGCUUCGAUUCAAUAAAUUGAAGUCCAAGUUUCUGGAAGUCUUCGGUCACCCUCCCGAUUUAUUCGCUCGAUCUCCAGGGCGAGUAAACUUGAUUGGAGAACACAUUGACUACGAAGGAUACUCAGUGUUGCCAAUGGCAAUCCGACAAGACACGAUUGUGGCAAUCCGAAAGCAUGAUAAAGGGGAGGCUGAAAAGCUUCUCCGAAUUGCUAAUGUCAAUGAUAAGUACACUCCCUGUACUUAUCCUGCUGAUCCUAACCAGGAAAUUGACUUGAAAAAUCAUAGAUGGGGCCACUAUUUCAUUUGUGGGUAUAAAGGUUAUUAUGAAUAUGCCAAGUCAAAAGGAGUGGAUGUCGGUGUGCCAGUUGGCCUUGAUGUUCUUGUUGAUGGAACAGUUCCUACAGGUUCGGGAUUAUCAAGCUCUGCAGCAUUUGUUUGCUCAUCUACAAUUGCUAUUAUGGCUGCUUUUGAUGUUAAUUUCCCAAAGAAAGAACUUGCCCAAGUUACAUGUGAUUGUGAAAGGCACAUUGGAACACUAUCUGGUGGGAUGGACCAGGCAAUCUCUGUGAUGGCCAAAACUGGGUUUGCUGAGCUAAUAGAUUUCAAUCCUAUUCGUGCAACUGAUGUGCAACUCCCUGCUGGGGGAACAUUUGUGAUAGCUCAUUCAUUGGCCGAAUCCCAAAAAGCUGUUACAGCUGCUAUAAAUUAUAAUAACAGAGUUGUUGAAUGUCGAUUGGCUGCUAUUGUGCUUGGUAUAAAGCUGGGAAUGAAGGCACCAGAGGCAAUAUCUAAAGUCAAAACACUUUCUGAUGUUGAAGCCUUAUGUGUUCAAUUUGCCCGUGAUCGUUAUUCUAAUGAUCCUGUCCUUGCUGUCAAGGAAUUUUUGAAGGAGGAGCCAUAUACAACUGAAGAAAUUGAGAAAAUCACUGAGAAGAAUCUUCCAUCAAUCUUGGGCGAUAAUCCGACUUCUUUGGAUGUGCUAAAAGCAGCCAAGCACUUCAAGUUGCAUCAGAGAGCUGCUCACGUGUACUCUGAAGCCAAGCGGGUUCAUGCUUUCAAGGAUACCGUGUCAUCAAGCUUCAGUGAGGAGGAAAAGCUCAAGAAGCUUGGUGAUCUUAUGAAUGAAAGCCACUACAGCUGCAGUGUUCUGUAUGAAUGCAGCUGCCCGGAGUUGGAGGAACUGGUAAAAGUCUGCCGAGACAACGGUGCUCUAGGAGCAAGGCUUACCGGAGCUGGAUGGGGUGGUUGUGCAGUGGCCUUGGUAAAAGAGAGUAUCGUACCCCAGUUCAUCCUCAAUUUGAAGGAACAAUUCUACAAAUCGAGGAGUGACUUUGGUCUCUAUGUUUUUGCUUCAAAGCCGUCAAGCGGUGCAGCCAUUCUUAAAGUCUAGUCUCUCUGCUUAACUUAUUCAUUUUACCACAAAACAUUAUCCAACUUUACAUCUGAAGAUACCAUUUCAUCUGUCUCUAAUCCUAUCCAAUAAAAUAUUCGAUUGCUCUUAACAGGAUGUUGCUUGAUGAAACCUUUGGAGUUUUAAGUACCAACAAAUUUCAAUAAAAAUUUUGAUUGAUUUUGCAUUA